AUGUUACACAAGAUCGUUGUAAAUGCCUACAAUCUUUGGGUCGUGGUCUUUGUGGCCAUUGGUACCAUUGCCAGUGCCUACGGCCUGGCCAUCAUCGGGUCGACCGUCGGCCAGCCCAAUUUCUAUACCUACUUUAACCUGGCGGCCCAGGGUGAACCAGGUUAUGCGCACACUACCAACAUGAUCGGAGCCCUCAAUGGCAUAAAUUCGGCGGGCGCAAUUGUGGGAUGCAUCUUCCAGGCCUGGGCUGCAGACUUCUAUGGUCGUAAGCGGACUAUGCAGGCUGGAUGUGUCGUGCUCAUCGUUGGCGGUGUAUUGUGCUCUGGUGCAGUGGACAUGGCCAUGUUCCUCGUGGGCCGCUUUGUCGCCGGUAUGGGCGCUGCCAUCCUUGCAUGCAUCGUACCCAUCUACCAAGCCGAAGUGUCGACAGCAGAGACCCGCGGCGCCAUGGUGGCUGUUACUGGCAUCAUGUACGCUGUCGGGUAUACCCUAGCUGGCUGGUUAGGGUUUGCCUGCUAUUACAUGUCUGCCAAGAACCCGGCAGCCUCCUUCGCCUGGAGAUUCCCACUGGCGUUUCAGAUUACUUUCCCUCUGAUCGUCCUGGCGGGCAGUUCCUUCAUCCCGUUUUCUCCUCGCUGGCUACUGCAACAAGGACGUCGAGAAGAGGCCUUUGAGAUUGUCAAGCGUCUGCACAGGACCCCCGACGAUAUCAACGAUUCCCGAGCCAAGCAAGAAUUCCACUUGAUCGAGAAACAGUUCAUUCACGAUAAGGCUAUGACGACGCGGUCAUUCGAGCUCUUCCGCACGGCUGCCAACCGCCGACGAGCCAUGGUGGCCUUCAUGCUGAUGUGGGGCGACCAGUUCCUGGGGGUAUUCGUGAUGGCAAACUACGGGGUCCUCAUUUACGCAAGUCUCGGAUUGGGAGGCUCAAUCCCACUCCUGCUCAACGCAUGCUGGGUUAGCUUCACGCUCAUAGGCAACACCUGGACUGCAUUUUACGUCGACCGCGUAGGCCGGCGGACGAUAUCAAAACUAGCCGUCUCACAGCUAGUGGAUCGGAUCCGCCUGUUGGAAAAUACAUUGACGGAACAUGGCAUUCCAGUUCCAUCAUCGCAGCCGCCGCAGUCAAAUUGUGCGCCGCAAGACUCCCCAGAAAAUGUGCCAGACCUUAGCGGCUGGUCGGCACUGUCGCUUUUGAAUGAUCCUGCAGAGGAAAGAGACGAUCGUGAACGUGCACUAAUCGAACGAAUCGAUCAGGGAAAUACAUUGACUCCGGGGUUGGAUCCCGACAUCGAGCUUCUCGUAAAGCGGACUGGAUCCCUUCAGUUUACGGAGCAUGGACAGCUCAGGUACUUCGGCACCACUUCGAAUGUCCACUUCCUUCGCACCGCUAUUCCCUUUCAGCCGCAGCUCUAUCAGAAUGCGCAGGACCAAAUGCCAAACGCGUGGCUGGAACAAGCUGGCGUUGGGCAUACAAUCCCUCGAGAAUUUGAAGAUCAUUUGAUCAAGUUGUACUUCACCUGGGAGAAUCCCUACUUCAAUGUAGUGAACCAAAAUGCGUUUUUGAAUGCCCGUCGACAGGCAGAGUUCGGCUUGAGCUCAGACUCGAUGGUAGCCUCUUGCUACUCGGAACUACUUGUUAAUGCCAUGUGA